CUUAGACACCACUACCUUCAAUCUUUAUAAAUAUCAAGCCACACGGAAAAAACAUAGUAAUCCCUCUUGAUGGGCUGUGUUUGUAUGAAGCAACAGCCCGGAUGUGAAAAUCCAGCAAAGCUUGCAGCUCAGACACAUUUUAAUGUCACAGAUAUCAAAGCUUUGUAUGAGCUGUUCAAGAAAUUAAGCAGUUCUGUCAUUGAUGAUGGUUUUAUCAGCAAGGAAGAGUUUCAGCUAGGAUUAUUCAGAAAUAGCAAGACGCAGUCUCUUUGUGCAGAUAGGAUCUUCAAUUUGUUCGACACCAAAAAUGAUGGGGUGAUAGACUUUGGUGAGUUUGUGCGAUCUUUGAGCAUCUUCCACCCGGAUGCACCUCACGCAGAAAAAGCUGCUUUUGCAUUUCAACUAUAUGAUAUAUGGGAGACAGGCUUCAUCGAGCGUGAGGAGGUCAAGCAGAUGAUUUUGGCUCUACUAGAGGAGUCUGAUUUGAUCCUCUCUGAUGACAAUGUUGAAGCUAUUAUUGAUAAGACAUUCGAGGAAGCAGAUUUGAAAGGGGAUGGCAAGAUUGAUACGGAAGAGUGGAAGGACUUUGUUGCUCGGAAUCCAUCUUUAUUGAAGAACAUGACAAUUCCAUACUUGAAGGGUAUAACAACUGCAUUUCCAAGCUUUGUGGUGAGAUCGGACAAUGAAGACGAUACUAACGGCUUCCUUUCAAAAGAACAGACUUGAAUUACCGUGAAAAUGAAAUGUGUAAUCAUCACUUGCCAAUAGUUAACAAUGUGGUAAUGUUGCAUCUAUACAAAUCUAAAUGUUCCUAAUCUGUCAAUAUGAGCUUAUGCUGAAA